AUGUCAGGUAUAUCUGUUCCUGAUUACAUCUCAACUGUACUCAAAAAGUAUGAUAUCGAUACUGUCUUCGGGAUAGUGGGUAUCCCCAUAGUGGAGUUAGCAGAAUCAUUUAUCACUAAUGGAAUAAAAUUUAUUUCAUUUAGAAAUGAACAAAGUGCAUCAUAUGCUGCAUCGCUAUACGGCUAUUUGAAUAACAAACCAGGUGUGUUAUUAACUGUUGGUGGUCCAGGUCUAAUACACGCAUUAGCUGGGAUAUAUAAUUCAAUUGAAAAUAACUGGCCCCUGAUAGUAAUCACAGGGGGUAUAGAGUCACAACAAAAAUAUAAGAAUGGAUUCCAAGAAUUAAACCACAUUGCUCUAUUGAAUAGUUAUAUGAAGUUCACAGGCGAAUUAUCAACAGAGAAUAUCGAUCUCUUGGUUUACGAAUCAAUGAGAAACUCAAUGUUGAGUCCCAAGGGUGUAUCAUUCCUGGAGAUUCCCGGCGACUUAAUUCAUAAAUCAGUGGGAAAAAACAUCGGUGACAGUUUGGCUAAACAUAAACCAAUUUUAGUCGAUGCAUUGACGUUUAUACCUAAUGAUGAUAUCCUCUUGGAGACGGCAAAAUUUCUAUAUGAUGCAAUGCGAAAAAGGGAUCAGAAUAUGUUGGUUAUUGUCGGUAAAGGAGCCAUUGGGGCUAGUUCGGCAUUAAGACAUUUCAUAAACUGUUUUAACUUACCUUUUUUGCCAACUCCAAUGGCAAAGGGCAUAAUAGAAGAUUCCAAUGAACUAAAUGUCUCUAGUGGAAGAUCAAUGGCUUUAAAGGAUGCAGAUGUGAUAUUAGUAUUUGGUGCAAAACUGAAUUGGAUAUUACACUAUGGUGACACUCCAAAAUUUAAAGACAACGUGAAAUUUAUACAAGUUGAUAAUAAUACAAAAACAAUCGGGUUAAAUAAUCAAAGAGGUUUACAAAAUUCGUUAAUAGGUGAUAUCGAAUCAACUGUUAAGAAAUUAACUAUGAUGAUUAACCAUUUACAAAACGGUCAAAUGAUAACCUACAAGGGCCUUUCGAAAGCUAUCAAAGAAAAAAUCUUGUCUAAUGCAAUCAAAUUAAAUGAAAAAGAGAAUGCAACUCCUAGAGUCGUUCCUAAUGCAAAUUCCUUGAACUAUAAUGUAGUCUUUGGCAGAUUAAAAACUUUAUUCAAAGACGAGGAAACUAUCUUGGUGACAGAAGGUGCAAACACAAUGGAUGUUGCUAGAAUUUCUUUCCCAACUGAUUUCCCACAACAUAGAAUAGAUUGUGGUACUUUAGCCACAAUGGGCAUUGGUUUAGGCUAUGCUAUUUCGACGAAAUUGUCAAAACCAAAUAAAUCAGUUGUUUUAAUUCAGGGUGACUCUGCAUUUGGCUUUUCAGGUUUGGAAUUAGAGACUUCAGUAAGAUUUAACCUUGGGCUGAUCGUUGUCAUCAUGAAUAAUAGUGGUAUUUACCACGGAACCACGAAGGAUCAUUACUUAAAGGGCAAAUAUGCACCUCCAACCAUCCUUUCACAAAACUGUAGAUACGAUAUAGUUGGCAAAGGGUUAGGUUGUGCUGGGUACUUAAUCACCAAUCUCGAUGAACUAACCAAAUAUUUCAAACUUGCAAUGAUUAGAUCAAUCAAGUACAAAGAAACUAGUGUCCUAAAUGUUCUCAUUGAACCUGGUAAACAAGGAAAAUUAGAAUUUGGAUGGCAAUCCAAACCGCGUCUCUAG